CUCCUACAUAUAUAAGGGAGUGCAGGACGGAGGUUCGACACUCACUCCCAGUCCUCCUUGUUUUUCACUCGCCUCAACGCAGAGCAAAGAUAAGAAAAAAUGGCCUUCGCUGGACUUGUUGAUUCCGAUGUGAAAGCUGCCCUGAAUGGCUGCGCAGCUGCUGACAGCUUCGACUACAAGAACUUCUUCAAGGCAUGCGGUCUGGCUGGCAAGUCCGAUGCUGAUGUGAAGAAGGCCUUCGCUACCAUUGACCAGGACAACAGUGGCUUCAUUGAGGAGGAGGAGCUGAAGCUGUUCCUGCAGAACUUCUCUGCUGGUGCCAGAGCUCUCACUGACAAGGAGACCAAGGCCUUCCUUGCCGCUGGUGACAGUGAUGGUGAUGGCAAGAUCGGAGUUGAUGAGUUUGCUGCCCUUGUUAAGGCAUAAAUUUCCAUUGACCGAGAUCAACCUCUUUUCUGGGAACUGCGAACUCCUUUCAAGAAUCAUUACUCAUCAGCUGAAAGAAUAUUUUUUAUAUCUUAUUUAUGAGUUGCCUGCGGACUAUUUCUCAACAUUGAACACAAUUUUUACUGUCAAUUUAUUGUCCAGGUGUGUGAUAUGAUUGAAAAAUGACUUGUGCAAACUGUACAACACCAUCUGCACUUGUGAGGAAGAGUGAAAAACCAGGAAUAAAUACUCUUAUGGU